UGCCCAUGAACGAUGGGAGCGCGCUCCCGAUACUUCAGGUGAAUGAGAGGGAAGCAGAGGAGCGGGACACACAGGUCACUGUGCGCGGCGUUAAAAAGAAACAAUUAGGAGAAAAUGAGCUACGUUACGUCGCUCGGGGUGCAUGUUUUCAUGACAGCAUAUCUACUCUUCGUGAUGGGAUGCGUUGCACAGAAAGUGUACUUUGACUGUGGUGCCAAGGUGGGUGUGGUGGAUGUCCAAGGCCUAAUUCUGUCUCCUGGCUUUCCAUACAACUACUCCUCUGGGACACACUGUGUCUGGCAGUUUGUUGUGCCUAUUGAUUACCAGCUUAUUCUGGAGAUAUUUGACUUUGAUGUUUUUGAAAGCCAUGACUCCGAAUCAAAGUUGUCCACUAUCCCUAAAUUUGAAGAAGAGGAGGCAGAGGACGGGGUGACUCUUGGUCCUGGCACCUUAGAUGAAACCUCAUCAGUGGCUAAAGUCCCUAUGGUUCAGAGUGUAGGGGAUACCUCAAAGACUCAACAAUCCUCCCAAGAUGGUGAGGUGAAGCAGAUAGUAGUCCAAGUACAGUCCACAAAAAUGGAGAUUGCUGAAGUCUCAAAUUCUGCCAAAAGAUCUGCAGAUGCUGCCUCUAGCCUAUCUUUGCCAUCUCCUUCCACUCUCCUCCUCUUACCUGAGGCUGUACCUCCUGGAGACAAGGCCAUCAACUCUGCCUCCUCAUUUCACCUAAGGGGAGAUGCCAACCCUAGUACUAACCCAGGCAUAGUUGUGGAUGAGACCACCAUUGCUUCGCCACACUCCACCAACACUCUUGCUGUAAGCCCUGAAACCCAGCAGUCUGUGCUUGACGCCUGCCCCCACGAUGUCCUCUACAUCUCAGACCUCAUCACCUUCUCCUCUAGGUUCUGUGGGUCCAACCGACCUCCCAGUAGCCAGCUGGUGUUUGGCUCAAGCCAGGAGAUGGUGGAGGUCAUCAUGGAACUCAUCACUACCACUCAUUGGGGUCGUGGUUUCGCUCUUCUCUUCCACUACCAGAAUCUGACCGAGCCAGAGGGGGAGCUACGUGCCACUGCUUCCACAGCCAGCAAAAUAGACACUCUGCUGGCUGCUGUGAGUGGAGCUGCUUUCUUCGCUGUGAUACUUACAAGUGCCCACUGCAUCAUAUUCAGACCCAAACUGUGUCCAAAAAGAGCCAGCUCCUGCGCAUCCAGCAAUUCCGAGGUACCAGAGGGAGUCCAGAACACCGUGGCUGAGGUCAGUGAGCUGCAGCUGAUUGCUGAGAAUCAGGCCAACCUGGAGACGACCACAGAGCAGGAAAACAACAACCUGCCACACACAGUCACUGCUAGUGGUGAUCUAUCUCAGAAUGCGGAUGUGGACAUUUCCUGCAGCGGUUUGACUGAGCUCGACCUCGGUGCCGAUGAGGUUUUCAUUGUAUCCUCAGGCCCUAGCCCGAGUGACCUGCCCCCUUCACCUCACACGCGGGAGAGGUUUCUGCGACACAGUGACACUGGUCCUGGUCCUGCAGGUGACUGGCCCACACCACUAAACUCCACCUCCUCACCUGGAUCCAGAUCCGUCAAGGACGGCAACAGCAGCUGUGCCAGACCGAGAGCGUGGAGCGUCCGCACCUUCCAGGACUUCCUCCCUCCAUUGCCGCAGCUUCAUAAGAAGUGGUGCAGCUGGAACUCCACCAGUCCCUUCACCAAGCUGGUGGACAGUCCUCCAUCCAGUUUGGUUGCUAACUGCAGAGGUGGUGACAACAGGAAGGGUUUCUCCGACGUUCACCUGGAAACCAAGGCAGAUACCAGCACUGCCUCCGAGUCAUCCAUCAGCAAUGCCUCCUACCCCCUCACGCAGCCCGCCCAAAGACAGCGGCGUCUCAACUCAACCAGCAACCUGCGACGUUCUCGGUUUACGGGGCCAUGUUUUGGCCUUCUCUCAGCGACGGCAGACCCAGCGAAGGCCCUGGGCUCUUCCUCAGACCCCAUCACUGGAUCUUCUUCCUCCCCUCAGUGUCAAAUUGAGAGUGGACAUGCUGGAAAGCUUUGUGAUUUCCCAGGUGAGGGUGAUCACAUCAGCGUGCCCGUGUUUGCCAUCUCUGAGGAGGAGGACCGGCAGCCUCUGGUCCCAGCUGAGCACCUGGAUCAGACCUCUGCAUCUGCUUUGCUCAACGGGCUGAUGAGGGGGACAUAUGAGGGCAAGGUGCCUGCUGUAGGAAGCACCAGCCUGAGCUCCCAGAGGCCCAGACCAGAGUGGAGGCUUUGGGGAAGCCAGGUGUCAGGAGGGGUUGGUUCACUCUCUUCCAGUGUGCUCACCGAGUCAAACACAGUCAAUGGCAACCAGCCAUCUCUCGGUCUGUCCACAGGGCUGUGCAGUGUGACCAACCAGAUAUGACAAGAUGGUGAUGAACAGGGACACUGGUGGGCCUGUCAUGUAUUUCUGAACUCUUAGUGUCACUGUGAUAUUUCUGAUUUACUCCUUUAAUUUCCAAAAUCAACUCUUACGUCUCCUGUAGCUUCCUGUUGGCAUAUAUUUUCACUGUAGUUUUUCUAUUUUUUAUAAAGUUUGUUUCAUGCUUUUCAGUGCAUUAUAACACCAAUCAUUCUUCCUGUGCCAGCUUUCUUUUCCUUUCCUUAAUGUGCUUCUUCAUGUGGACAUUUCUUUAGUACGUCAUAGUAAAUACUUAUACAGUGGCAUGUUACCUAAAAGUGUUCUGCUCAGCAUAGAUCAUACAUUUUAUAUCAAUGCUGCAACAGUUCAGGCACACAGUGUGUACUCCUAAGGCUAAUGCCGGAUUAUAAAAGGGAAAUCAAAAUAAAAGCAUAUUAAGUACCAAUAUACACCACUACAUAGCAUAA